ACGAAACGAUGAAAGACGAAGGUGACUUCGUUAGAAUUUGAACUAAGGGAAUAAUGAACCGGAACUAAUACUGCAAAGCGUUUUCAUCCAACGCAAGAGUGUUUCUGUCAUUUUAUCCGCUUAUUCAAUCAAAUACCUCACAAUGUAGAAGAGAAUUGUGACGUAUCAUUUAAGCUAUUCGGACAUUUGUUUCAGUCUUCACCUGACGUUACAAAGCAAAUUCUGUUUGAUAUCUUUUACCGCAUCCAUUGAUUUUCUUUUUUGGGUUUUGAUUUAGUUCAUAUAUUUUAUCUUGUCGAAUUGCAAUUCUAACUUGAAAAAAUGCCAGGUAGGUUAAGAAAAUUCUUCGACCGCAUGGCCUGCUUUUUUGAACCUUUGAAACGCUGUAAGCAUGAUAUCAAACUUGAUGAUGAAGAUGAAGGGAUUGAGUCUGCUCAUGUGUGUUGUAUGAUUCAUGGACCUAAAAUAGAAACGUAUAACCCUAAGGUGAUUUACUGUGCCCCACAAAAUACUUUGUGUCUCCAAGGCAAACCAAAUUCUAUCUUUCAUGACAAAUAUGACAGUUGUGAAUCAUUCGUACAAAGCAUUCGUUGGUUAAACAUAAAAUCCUUCGAAGAUUCAGACAAUAUUUCUGAGACAGAUCUGUUUGAAAUUAUAUCGCCAGACAAAUGGAAGCCUGAAAAUGACAUGCGUUUCCGUUACGGCCAUCAAAUUACGUUGAUGGACCCAAUAAUGAGUUUGAUGAGAUCCGUGCGUGAGAUGUUGCGCAGACGAUAAUUACCGGCACAUGGAAAUAGAAAUCGAGAAAGAAUGAUAAGAAAGAAAAAGACACUGAUUUAUUGGAUAUUGUUUUUUGAUGUAUUAUUGUCUGGCAUUAUUAAUGAUUACACAAAAGCGGUGAGCUGGCAGAAUCGUUAGCACGCCGGACACAAUGCUCAGCGGCAUUUCGUCCGUUUUCACGCUCCGUGUUCAAAUCCACCGAGGUCGACUUUGCUUUUCAUCAUUUCGGGUUCGAUGUAAUCGGCUUACUUCCUCCCGCGAAGUUGGUCGCCUUCUGCCAAAAUUUGAAAUUAUUAUUAGUGAUUCGAUAAAGGUGGCGAAUUGGCAAAAUCGUUAACACGCCGGGUAAAAUGCUUAGCAGCAUUUCGUCCGUCUUUACGUUCUGAGUUCAAAUUCUGCCUUUCAUACUUUCAGAGUUGAUAAAAGAAGUACCAGUUGAGCACUGGAGUCGAUGUAAUCGGCUUACCCCUCCCCCGUAAUUGCUGGCGUUGUGCCAAAAUUUGAAAUCAUUAUCAAUGAUUAAACAGAGGCGGCGAGCGGGCACAGUCGUUAGCACGCUAGGGAAAAUGCUAAGCGGUAUCUCGUCCUUGCUUGUGUUCAAAUUCCACCGAGGUCGGCUUUGCCUUUCAACCAGUAUCUGCUGAACACUGUGGUCGACAUAAUCUACUUAUCCCUCCUUCGAAACUACUGGCUUUGAGCCAAAUUUUAAAUCCACUAUUAAUGAUUAGACAUUAAGAGAAUGAAGUCUGUAAUAUUCUGUAGGAAUUACUGCAUUACAGUAACAGCACACCGAAUAAGCAUCUCGCGUAUCUACUAAUGUAUAGGAUGGUCCUAAAGUCUUGUCACCUCUACCGAAAAGUAAUGAGAGCAAUUUUAUUUAUUUAUGCGCCCAUUUUUAAAGCCUAGCCAGGCUCAUGGUUUCCCGGUUUCUACAGCGUAUGUGUUCCCCCUAGCUGGACGAGACGCCAGUCCAUCGCAGCGUUACUCAUGAAACGGGAAGAAAGAGUGAGAGAAAGUUGGGGCGAAUGAGUACAACAGGCAUCGCCACCACUCCCUGCCAGAGCCCCGUGGAGCUUUAGGUGUUUUCGCUCAAUAAACACACAAUGCUCAGUCUGGGAAUCGAAACGGCGAUCCUCCGAUCGCGAGUCCGCUGCCCUAACCAUUGGGCCAUUGCACCUCCACAAUAGUGGAACAAUAUAAUAAUAUCAAACUCAUGUACUGGUUUUAGUAUAUUCACAUUCAUUGACACUGACACUGUCACACAUCGAGAAGGUCUGUAUGAACUCCAUCAUUUUCGUGGCACAAAAUGAUGCGACGCCAUGUCCUGUAUAAUAUUUUACGAAGCUGUGCUUUGGUGAUUGUUGCAAAGGCCACCGAAACAGAAUCCUUCAGUUGUUGGGUAUUCUGGUAUCGCUCUUUUGAAACUCUCUCCUUGAUGACAGAAAAUUAAAACAAUAUUUACAGGUGGUGACAAGACUUUCGGGCCACCUUGUACACUGAUGGCAUAAAACACUAAUCCAACAUUGCAAUACUUAAGGGGUGGAGGACUUAAGUAAGAAAGACA